AUGGCCGCCAGCUGCACAGAGCUCCUUCAGCAACUCCCAACAGUCCAGCGGGAGAUGAUGCUCUUCACAGGAACCCCCAUGGGCUGGGAGUGUGGCUGCUAUGGAUACAACAGCAAGCAGCCUCUGAAAGCAGGAGAGCAAGCUGGUGGCUCCCUGGGUGCAGGGGAGCUCAUCCGGUACCCGCCACGUCAUGGCUGCAGAGCUUCCCUGGAGAGCCCCGGGGACUGCUUCUGGAGCCAUGAGACCACCUCACUGGAGGAGGGUCCCCUGGGUACUCCUGAGCUGCUUAUGCUCCCACCUCCUUUGGCCUGUGGUUCAGGAAAAGUUCCCAAUUCCCCCGGGAAGGAGGAGAGUGACAAUGAUGUCCUCUCUGAGCUGAGGAAGCUAGAGAUGGAGUGUAAGCACCACACCCUCAACAACAUCAGAGGUGGUCAGCGUGACAACCUCCCCAGACUCCACUCCAGGAAACACGGGGGACUCAUCACAACCACAGGUAGCAUAAUUACCCCAUCAUCCUCACCAGUGUCAGAGGUCUUUACCAUGACAAGAUCCUCAGAAUCCACUCCAGGGAACAUAUCGGACACAUCAUCAUCACAGGUAUCUGGAAGUUUUACUCCAGUCACUGUGGCAUUCUCCAGGACACCUGUGUCAAAAGCAGUGACAAAUACCCUGAGGCCAUGCAGUCCCUCACCACCCUCCACAUCUCCUCCCACACUCACCAUCUCUACUGCCAGUGCUUCCACAGGCUCCAGCUCAACAGCUCCCCGUCUCCCCACCCAGCCCUUAGGAGGAAUUUCUCUCUUCCCCUAUGGAUCAAGCGCUGGAGACCUGCCAUUGUUUGUCAGAGGUGUGGACAUUACCUCCAGGCUCUUCAAGCUCCAGAUUGGCUUCCCAUUUGGUUCCUCCCUGCGGGAUUCCUUCUAUUUCACAGAUAAUGGCCAGAUCAUUUUCCCAGAGUCAGACUACCAUAUCUUCUCCUACCCCAAUCCACCGUCACGAGGCUUCACGAGAUGGGACACUGUAGCCAUGGUGGCUCCAUUCUGGGAUGAUGCUGAUUUUUCCAACCACAGAGGGACCAUAUUUUACCAGGAAUAUGAGACACUCUAUGGUGAAUAUAACUCACUCGUUAGGCAGGUGGACACUUGGAUUAAACAGUUCACAGAUUCCUGGGACUACAAUGCCAAGUGGACCCUAAAGAUUACAUGGGUCAAAGUACCUGCCUAUCCUGCCCAGUGGACCAUUGGGACCAACACCUACCAGGCCAUCCUCACCACAGAUGGCAGCAGGUCCUAUGCCCUGUUUCUCUACCAGAGAGGUGGGAUGCAAUGGCACGUGACCCAGCGCCCGCACAGCUCGGUUGUCAUGGGGUUUUCCAGUGGAGAUGGGUAUUUUGAAAACAGCCCAUUGAUGUCCCAGCCUGUGUGGAAGAAGUACCGUCCAGACCAAUUCCUGGAUCCCAAAUUAGGUCUCCAGGGGCUGCAGGUUUACAGGCUCCACAGGGAAGAAAGGCCCAACUUCCGGCUCAAGUGCCUGAUGUGGUUACAUCAGCCUCAGAGGCCCAGCUGUGGCUGGAGUCGCAUCUCCUGCCCUUGCUCCUGGCAGCAGGGACAGUGGGACUUACGAUUCCAGCCCAUCCGCACAGGUUGGUGGGACUCCAACAGCAGGAAGCUAUGUAGUUUCUCCUCUUGGCGAGGGGGUGUGUGCUGCAGCUAUGGGCCCUGGGGAGAGUUCCGAGAAGGCUGGAGCCUGCAGAGUCAUUGGCACUUUGACCAGGAGCUGGAGCCACAGAACUGGUGCUGCCGCUGGAAUGACAAGCCUUUCCUCUGUGACCUGUACUGGCAAAGGCAACCCCGCAUCAGCUGUGCUGGGUACAGACCUCCACGACCCGCCUGGACAUUUGGGGAUCCCCACAUCGUCACCUUCGAUGAUGCCAGUUACACCUUCAAUGGGCUGGGGGACUUCCUGCUGGCCCGGGCCUCAGAUGAAAACUCCUCCUUCCUGCUGCAGGGCCGCACUGCCCAGACCCCCGCAGCCAAUGCCACCAACUUCAUUGCCUUUGCUGCUCAGUACAACUCCAGCACUGUGGGCCCCAUCACGGUUCAAUGGCUCCUUGAAUUCAAUAACACAAUCCGUGUUCUACAUAAUUACCAUAAUGUGACAUUUGACACCAACCACGUAGAUGCAGAAGGCCUGCAGAUAUUCAACACCACUGGUCUCCUGUUGACCCGGAAUGGCUCCCAGAUUUCAGCCAGCUUUGAUGGGACAGUGACCAUCACAGUGAUCGCUCUCUCCAACAUCCUCCAUGCCUCCUCCAACCUUCCAGAGGAGUACCAAAACCGCACAGAGGGUCUCCUGGGGGUCUGGAACAACAAUCCGGAAGAUGACUUCAGGAUGCCCAAUGGCUCCACCAUCCCUAGAAACAGCUCUGAGGAGAUGCUUUAUCACUAUGGAAUGACCUGGCAAAUCAAUGGAACAGGCCUCCUCGGGAACAGGACUGGUUCUCUGCCUUCCAAUUUCACCCCUGUAUUUUUGUCCCAACUAACAAUGAGAAACAAUAAUUCUUUGGUCGCUGAGUGUAAUGAAGAUGAACAAUGCACCUAUGAUUUCCUGGUCACGGGAAACAUAGACAUCGGACGUCACACCAGGAUGACCUCUGAAAAAUACCAGCGGAUGAACACCAGCCUCAAUCAGAACCCACCCUCAAUCAGCGGCCCCAGUGUGAUUGAAGCCUACAAGGGAAAACCCAUAAAGAUUCAAUUCUCCAGUAACUCUGAGAACAUCACAUUCACCCUCAGAGACCAUUGUAAUGACUCUAAGCUCUUUGAGAAUGGAACUUUUCUGUGGAAACCAACAUCCCUGGGACCGUGCACGCUGGAUAUUCUAGCAAGAGACAGCAGGACUGGUUUGUCAUCUGCACUCCAGCCCAAGGCUAUGGUCUGCUUCUGCAAGGCAAAGAGGCAGUGCUUGUUCAAUCAGACCAAGUGGGUGGGCAAUUCCUCUCUUGAGGUGGCCAGCUGUAAGUGUGAUGAGGACAGCUUCGGCCUCUACUGUGAACGCACCAAGGACCCCUGUGACCAGCAAUGUUUCCCAAACGUGCACUGCAUUCGCGGGAAGGGCUGUGAGGCCUGCCCCCCCAACAUGACUGGGGAUGGGCGUCACUGUGCAGCUCUGGAGGACCUCUUCCACUGUGUGAACCACUCCUGUCCUGUGAAUUACUGCUAUAAUCAAGGCCACUGCUACAUCUCCCAGACUCCAGACUGCCAGCCCACCUGUACCUGCCCCCCAGCCUUCACCGACACCCGAUGCUUCCUGGCAGGGAACAAUUUCACUCCAGCCAUUUAUGGAGUUCUUCCCUUAAGAGUCAUCCACCUUACACUGAAAGAGGGAGAAAAUGCCUCUGUUGCCGACGUCAACGCCUCGGUGGCAUACAGACUGGAGACCCUGGAAGUGCAGACCUUUCUCCGGAACAGCCAAGUACAACCAAUUUCUCAAUCAAUACUGACCCCAGGACACACAAUUCAACACUGGUUAGUCACCUCCAAGUUCCAGUACCGCCCUAGAGGCCCCGUCAUCCACUUUCUGAACAACCAGCUUCGGGAGGCCAUAGUAGAGGCCUUCCUCCAGGCUCCGAGAGGGAGGCAGAAGAGGAACGGGGAGCCCAAGAACAAUGUGUACUUCUACCCCAUCUCAAAGGGAGAUAUACGCGAGGGAAUGGCUGUGAACCUGAGCACGCUGGAGACUUACUUUAAAUGUGACGGCUACAAGGGCUACCGCCUGGCCUACGACCCACAGAGUGGCUUCACCUGCGUGUCCCCAUGUAGCGAGAACUACUGUCACCACGGAGGCCAGUGCCAGCACCUGCCGGAUGGGCCCCGCUGCAGCUGCUUGUCCUUCGCCAUCUACACGUCGUGGGGCGAGCGCUGCGAGCGCCUCAGCGUGAAGCUCGGCGCCUUCCUCGGGAUCCUCUUCGGGGCCCUGGGCGCCCUCUUGCUGCUGGGCAUCGCGGUGUUGGUGGGCCUGCGCGUCUGCGGCCGCUUCCGGGCCAAGAACUCGUACCCCCUGUUCCCCGAGUCCUGA